AUGGACAACGCCAUGUCCAAGCCCAAUGUCAUGCACAAUGAGACUGUCGAGGCGCAGAAGGGCGACAAGGCUGUGGACAGCAGUGGCAUUGAACGUGUCCACAUGACCGAGGAGGAGAGCAAGCGUAUUUGUCGGAAGACCGAUCGGACUAUUCUUAUUAUUCUUGCUUGGGUCUACUUCCUACAGAUCCUCGACAAGACUGUCCUGGGCUACGGUGCGACAUUCGGUUUACAGAAGGACACGGGCUUGACCGGCAAUCAAUACUCUCUUGUUGGAUCCAUUGGUCCCAUUGCACAGCUGGCCUGGCAACCAUUCUCUUCAUAUCUUAUUGUUAAGGUCCCUCAUAAGAUCUUGAUGCCAUCCCUGUGUCUUGGAUGGGGUAUUGCGCAGACAUGCAUGGCUGCAUGCCACAACUUCAACGAACUCAUGGCUGCUCGUUUUUUCCUUGGCCUGUUUGAGGCUGGAUGCCUGCCUCUGUUUGGCGUUAUUACCAGUCAAUGGUAUCGUCGUGCCGAGCAGCCGAUCAGAAUUGCUGCUUGGUACAGUACCAAUGGUCUGGCUACUAUCAUCGCGGCUGCUCUGUCAUACGGACUGGCACAGAUCAAGUCGGAUGUGUUGAAAUCAUGGCAGAUUAUCUUCCUAGUUGUCGGCCUCAUUACAUGUAUUUCCGCCCCAAUCGUCUACUGGCGUCUCGACAACGAUGUGGCCACUGCUCGCUUCCUCAACGAAAAGGAGAGAGCCCAGGGUGUAGAGCGUCUCAGAGCCAACCAGACUGGAGCAGGCAAUACGGAAUUCAAGUUGGCUCACGUCUACGAGGUCUGCCUCGAGCCUAAGACUUACCUUUGGAUCGCCAUGGCCUUGCUUCUCAACAUUGGCGCCAGUGUGACCAACAUCUUCGGACCUCUCAUCUUAAGUGGUCUCGGCUAUGACAAGUACAGGACUACCCUUCUUACCAUGCCCUUUGGUGCCCUGCAAUUCAUCAUCAUCCUGCUGGCAAGUUAUCUCGCCCAGACAGCCCGCAUCAAGAGUGCCAUCCUCGCCGGCUUCAUGAUCCCAACAAUUGCCGGCCUCGCAAUCCUUUUCGCAGUACCCAGAACCAAAUCUGUGCAGAGCGAAUUGUUGGCCGGCUACUACCUGCUUGCAUUCCUGUUCGGUGGCAACCCCCUGAUCGUCACAUGGAUUAUCGGCAAUACGGCAGGAACAACCAAGAAAUCUGUGAUCAUGAGUUUAUACAAUGCCGCCAGUUCUGCGGGAAACAUUAUUGGCCCUCUACUAUUCAACGAGAAAGACAAGCCGGCCUAUACUCCGGGUCUCCGUGCAUGUCUGGGUAUUUUCGGUGCCCUAGCUGCCAUUGUCCUCAUCCAGUGGGCUAAUCUGUGGGUCCUUAAUAAACAACAAGCACGCCGCCGUGUCCGAAAUGGCAAGAAGGCGGAGAUUGUUGAUCACUCCAUGCAAAACCACUACCAUGGCAUGGAUGAGGGUAACCAGGAAGAGACUGGUCAGGAGACUGUCCAGGUUGGAGAUAAUGCCUUCCAGGAUCUGACUGACCGUCAAAAUGACGAAUUUGUUUAUAUCUAUUAA